GGGAGGGAAUGCCUCACUCUAAAAUGCUGUUUCUCUGUUCUGGUGGACUUUUUUUCAGUUAAGCACCCUCAGCAGCUCCAUCCUGCUCUUCUUCCAAAGCAAACAUGAAGUCACCACUGUUGUCCAUUUGGGUGACCGCUGUGUUUCUCACCUUUCUCUCUCAGAGUGCGAGUGGGAAGCAGUGUGUGUGUGAGCUGAAGAAUUCGGACCGUCCGUUCCCCACGGACAAGCUGGACAGCGUCCGCACUGCGGCCUCUGAAUGCAACAGGACCAUCACCCCAAACCAGAUGUUGGAGGUGGACGUGCUGAUGCUGGGGCUGCAGAGGCGGCUGGAGCAGCUGGAGGAGAGCGUGGCUGUGUUGGAGAAAGAGGAUGAUGGAGAGCUGUACGGAGCCGUGUCUCUGCGCAUCAUCGAGCUGGAGCUGGCUGAGGUGCUGGAGCUCAUGGCCAAACUCAACAGGACCAUCCGCUCCCACCAGCAGCUCAGCGAAGCCACCAGCACCAAGCUGCAAGGCCUGAUGGAGGAAAUGCAGGAUCUGGAGGAGUUUGACCACAUGCAGGUGGUGAAAAAGCUGCAGGAGAACCAGCGAAUGAAGAGAGACUUGGCUAACUGCCAGCACGAGCUGCACGUCACCCCUCAUCCUCCCACACCUGCACCAGGACACUGUCCACAAGGGCAAUUGGUCAGCGUGUCUGGGCCAAGAACGUAUGCCCUCACCCAGUAUGGGACCUCUUACUCUUACGGUGCCUGGGGCAAAGACCCCAAUCCUGCUCCAGGGAAGGAGAACAUGCACUGGCUGGUGGCGCUGACCAGCAGCAAUGUCUUCGCCAAUUACAUUCGCCAGUACAACAGCCUGAGCACCAUCGUGGUGGGUGUGGGGCAAACGGACACGGUGAUUGCUUCCUCCAACCCCACCACCAACACCAUCCAAGGGCCCAAUGUGGUCAUGUAUGGAGACGCGCUUUACUAUGGCUGCUACAACACACCGUCCAUCUGCCGCUUCAACAUGACCGCGCGCACGGUCACCAACGUGGCUCUGCCUCAAAACUCAGGAUUCAACAACAAAUUCCCAUUUGGCCACCUCGACACCACCUACGUCUACACUGAUCUCGACUUUGCCACGGACGAAUCUGGGGUUUGGGUCACCUACACUUCUCCAGAAAACUUUGGUAACAUCAUUAUUAGCAAGGUGCUGACCGACAGCCCUCCAGCUCUGGAAAAAACAUGGCAGACGUCCCUCCACAAGCGCACAGCCACCAACACCUUCAUGGCGUGCGGUGUGCUCUACGCCACCCGCUUCCUGAACAAAGAGACGGAAGAGAUCUUCUACUCGUUUGACACAGUAACAGGUGUAGAACGCUACGACCUGAAGAUCCAGAUUAAGAAGAUGCAGACCAACGUCCAGUCACUAAAUUACAACCCACAAGACCGAAUGCUGUACAUGUACAGCGAUGCGUACAUCCUCUCGUAUGAUGUCAUCUUUCGGUGAACCGUCAGUUCAGCUCCUAUGAGCCAAUGAGCAAAUUAAUGGUCAAUCUCUACUUUUCAGUGUAGUUCAAACCCUGAGUGGUUUUAAAAUCAGGUUUUCUCUUUGAAUUCAUGUCUUUUGUCUCUGAAAGCUGAAAAGGCAUGUAUCCAAUUUUACUGGAAUAAAGCAUGCUAAUAAAACUUUACAGUGGAUAUGGUCUUGGA